CGCUCAUCAGGCGUGCCCGUAAGACGUGAGUCGUUCGCGACUUGAUUCAGAUCAGAGAUACGGGCGACUCGGUGUAGAAAGUCAGCUCACCGUCCAUCUUCAACCUAACUCGUCACCACAGCCAGUCGGCAGGCACAUUUCCCUCUAAAGUCAAAGCCACUUCGUCGCCUUGUCGAGAGUUCUGAAAGCAGACUGAGGUUCAGGCGCAAGCUCUCAUCCGAGACCCUUACGCAGCUUCACAUGCUCCCCCCCUUCCGAACUCAGCAUCGCACCACCAAUUACCGUCCAAGGGUAUCUCGGGGGGCAGCAUGGUAAACACAGGGGUGGAUGCGUUUGAUGGCGUCCCCAGGACAGAGACCAUGAAGGAAAGCGUCAAGCAACUCGAAGGCAAGGACGUCGUGCCAGCCGAGGCAGCCGCAGCCGCAACCGCAUCCGCGUCUCCAGAGCCUACUCAGGCAUCCAAUCAGGAUUCCAAGGAAGAGGCAAUCAGGGCUAAGUUGGCGCAAGCCAAGAAACUCAAAGAUGAAGGCAAUGGCAUCUUUGCCAAGGGAGAUCCCAAGUCUGCACUGAGAAAGUAUUGGGAAGCUGUACUGAACCUCGAGGGACUGGCUGCAAAUCCGAUGCAGACUGCUAUGGGAGUCAGCGAAGGAGCUGAUCAGCCCGACGAGGAGAAAGAUGAGAAGAAGCUGCAGCUCAGUAUGAUCCACAGCAACAUGGCUGCCUGUUACUUGAAGCUCGAGAAUGGCAAGCGAGCGCUCGAAGCCUCUUCCAAAGCGCUCACGCACAAUGCAAACAACACCAAAGCAUCCUACCGACACGCGCUGGCUCAGAUAGCCUUGAAGGAGCACUACAAGGCUCAGAGCGAGCUACAAGUGUUGCUCAAGAAGAGCAACAUCUCCGCAAGCGAAAAGCCGCUGAUCGAAAGGGAGCUCAGUGAUUUGGAAAAGUUCCUCAAGGCAAAGCUGGAAAAGGAGAGAAAGGGACUCAAGGGAUUCUUGGGCGCUGGAUUGGGAAAUGGCCCCGCUGUUGCAAUUGAUCCAAAGGCGACGAAGCCAGAAGAGGAGGAGGAAGAGGAAGAGGAAGAGGAAGAGGAGAAGCGACUGAGUGCGAAAGCGAAGGGCAAACAGAGAGCGCAGUGAAUCGAAAGGCGACCGACUCUCCAAGCACGUAAAUGUUGGACGCGUUCUCUCGCACACUGAACACAAUCAAGCAGGGCGAAAGACGGCAUUUGGGCACUAUGCCAAGCGCCAUACACAUCGGCAGGUAUGCUCGGAGACACAUCAAGACACGCGCCACUCUUGGUGCCCCACACGAGGUCCUAUGGACAGUCCAAAAGUUCAUUCAGUCCUCUUCUCACCUCUCCUUUGAAUCCACACGAAUCCAGCCAUUUAAGCAUACCUAGAGUCACCCAUUCUCUUUUCCCAACUUCAUUGUCACAAUAACGCAGAAAGGAAGAUCAUACUCGCAGACUUUCGAAUCAAUGAGAUCCACAAUGCUCAC